AUGCGCACUUCUUCAGGUAUCACCUUUGUUUUGGCAGCAUGUUGGCUCUUCGUAGUUGCAGUCGUCUCUGGCGGCACGAUCGCGACGAGUACUAAAGAAGUCACAGUUGAGGCAGGUGACACCUUCUGGAUCAUUGCCAGUAGAUAUGGGACGACUCCCGCCGCCAUCGAAGCUGCUAACCCAGGGGUGAACCCAAGCGAUCUGCAAAUAGGCCAAGUCAUUAACGUUCCUAACCAAGCGGCUGUUCCUCAAGGCCUUGAUACAUCCAACACAACCACCCAAAGUUCUCUCAUUGCCCUAGGCCUUGGGGCAGUUUCCUCAUCAUCCGGCGGCCAGGCCAGCGGUCCUUUGCUUACCUCUGGGCCUGCUAAUACGAUGUCAGAUCCCGAUGCACAGCCGGAAUCUACGACAUCCACAAACCUGGCAGCUUCAGUGUCAGACCCAGAACCGUCGAAAUCUGUACGAAAUACAGCUUCGACCACUUUGACAUCAGCAUCAGGUCAUAUGAGUUCAGAGGACUCUGGAGCAGCAGCUGCGGCUUCAGCCUCGGUCACCCAGGGGCCGUCGGCUUUUGACACUGGCUCAUUGGGCCUAGCAUCUAGCCUCAUUCCUUCUCAUCCCGCAAUCCCGUCUACUCAACAGCCCACUAUACUGUUCACUCCUAUUAUGCUGUCUUCUUCCGUUGCCUCUCCUUCUGCUCCAGGCUCUUCUAACGAAUCCUUAACUACGGCUCUCGGUGUUGCAGAAUCGCCAUCCUCGCAGAACAUCCCUGAGUCUGCGCCAGCUGCGGGGUCAGCACCUCAAAGUCUGGCAUCAAAUGGGAUACCAGAAAUUGGUGGGAUCUCGAUAGCAAAUGGGACACCGGUCUCCAAUACUAACACCUUGCAAGCUUCGGCAACCCAGGUGCCAUCAUCAAAUUACUAUCCAGCAUCUGAUGGGACUUCGAUAUCCAGCGGAGCACUUACUUCAAGUACUGGUUCUUUGAAAGCUACGGCUUUAGCAUCCCAAGUACAGUCUUCAAAUGGAAUCCCCUCCUCCAAUGAGAACUCCUCAAAUAAGACCCCAUCCUCAAACAAAUCCCCAUCAUCAGAUGGGAACUCGGCAUCCAACGGAGCACCGGCUUCAGACGCCGUCCCUUUGCAACCUUCCGCUUUAGCAUCCCAGGUACAGUCUUCACAUGAGACCCCCUCACCAAAUGAGAUAUCGGUAUCCAAUGGAACACCGACGUCAAAUUUGAACUCCUUGCAAGCCUCAGCUUCAGUAUCUCAAGCACCAUCAUCUAAUGAGGCCCUCCCAUCAAACGAGACCCCUUCCUCGGAUGAGACCCCAUCACCGAGUGGGACAUCAUCUCCAAACGGUUCGUUAGUAUCGAACAAGGCACCGGCAUCGAGUAAUGCAGAAGCUUCAAGUGGGUCAAACCCAUCAAACAGUCCACCAACGUCGAAUGGCGUAAUACAGUCAAGUAACGCAGAAGCGUCAAAUGCGGUGCCAGCAUCAACGGAGACACCAGCAUCAAACGGCGCACUACAGUCAGGUAACGCAGAAGUGUCAAGUGUAGUACCAGCAUCAAAUAAGGCUCCAUCAUCAAACAACCCACCAACGUCAAACGGGGCACUAGCAUCAAAUAAUGCAAAAGGGACGCCAACAUCAAAUGGAACACCGGCAUCAACGGAGAUACCGUUAUCAAGUGGAACGCCAGAUUCGAGUGGGUCUUCAUUUUCCAGCGAGAACCCUGUCCCGAGUCAAACACAGGCAUCAAGUGAGACGUCAAUGUCGAGUGAAGAUUCUACGACAAGUGAGACCCCACUUUCUGACAGUAUUGCUGCCCAAGAGACUUCUCCGUCAACGACGUCAGCGGAAUCCAGCUCUUCAAUUGGCAGCAGCUCUUCUAUGCCCACUUCGGCAUCGCUGUUGGAUAGCUCAGUGCUCAGCAGUCUAUCUUCCGUCACCUCUUCCCUGACAUCUGAGACGUCGUCAAACUCUGGAUCAAUAUCAUCGUCAUCAGAUUCAUCAAUCUCUGGGACGUCAAGCUCUGGAUCAACAUCGUCGAUGUUAGCUUCGUCGAUGUUAGCUUCGUCAACUUCUGCAUCUUCCCAAAUGGCGUCGACACAUGUGUCCCAAGAGCCCACCACAUCAUCGCGGAUAGUAUCUAAAUCUGGCAACACAUCUCCAGGGCUCACGUCUUCCGUUUCACCAACUCAGCAAACAGCGCCUUCGACAACCCUUUCCAGUGCCAGUCCGACAUCAUCUCACGACCUAGCAUAUCUAGGAUUUCUUGGGGCUCCACUCGCGGCUGGAAUUCCUUAUGCUGUCAAAAAAGUGAUCGAUAAUUGGAAAACUCCGAAAUUCAAUCUCCCAAAAAUCAGACUUCCGAGUGUUAAGAUUCCAAAUUUCAAGCUUCCAAGUUUCAAGACUACUCCAGGAGAGGACGGGCCGAGAAGAUUUAAGCCUUCAGAUAUCAAAACCCCACACAGGGUGGACCCUACGGAUGAGAACCCUUCAGAAGACAAACCCCCGGGGCAGUCUCCGGAUGAAUCCCCAGGAGAGACUCCAGAGGACAAGGUUCCGGAUGCCAAGACCCCAGAAGAUCCUCCACGACCUCCCUCACCCAUGGAUGGUAAGCCUUUCACUGAUGACGGACCCCCAUCCCCCAUGGAGAAAGAUCCGCCCGCAAGGUUUCCUCGCCCUAAACAACCACCUAAAGGUCUGAGGCCCUUGAAUGAGAUUAGCGGAGGUAAAGCUCAGUUUGAGCAGGGAAUGGAAGACCCCAAUUUCUUCAAACCAGAUCCCACAGACGCAGAGCCGGGAACCACGGGAGGAGAUGCAGAAUCAGCGGGAAAGAAUGGGGACUCAGCGGGAGAAGAUGCAGAUACAACCGGAGAAGAUGGGGACUCAGCGGGAGAAGAUGCGGAUACAACUGGAGAAGAUGCAGGUACGACAGGAAAAGAUGCAGAGACUCCCAAACAACCACCUCAAGCCCCUAAAGGUCUGAGGCCCUUGAAUGAGAUUAGCGGAGGUAAAGCUCAUUUUGAACAGGGGAUGGAAGACCCCAAUUUCUUCAAACCAGACCCUGCCGACGUUAAGCCAGGAAUAACAGGAGGAGAUGCAGAAUCAACAGGAGAGAAUGGGGAACCAGCAGGAGAUGCAGCAACAGCAGGAGAAGAUGCGGGAACAACUGGAAAGGAUGCAGAGGCAGCAGGAGAAGCUGCUGAGACAAUUGGUGAACUUGGUCUGGAUGCUGCCGGAGGACGAGCAGCUCUGGGGAAAGACGCCGGUAAAGCUUUUGCCCAGGUCGCCAAAAAGCCUAUCAAACAAGGAGUGACGGACGCAAGUGGUGCUCUUACAGGUGCAGCCAAGAAUGUCGCGUCGAGCGUUGCAAGUAAAGUUGGAAGCACACUCAAGAAGCUAUUUGGGCAUCCAGGUGGAGGCGGUUCAGAUGCAGGAUCGUGUCAUUCAAGAUCCUUGAAUAAGAGAGGGUGCAGUAACAGCGAUGGGAACAGCAACAACAAGGGUACCAGUAACAGCAAUAACAAUGUCAACGGAGCAGCUGCAGCCGGUGCUGGUGUCGGUGCAGCAGUAGGCGCUGCCGCUAAUGCUGCUGCCAAUGCUGCCUCUGGAGCCGAGCCCGAAUCAACAGCGGAGUCCAUGACUGCGACGUCCAGCCUCGAGGAACCUCAAACACCCCCUGUGACGAGCUCUCAAAGCCCUACCAAUACUCUUCCAACUACUUCUAGGAUUUCUUCUACAACAUCCAAUGACUUCAUUUCCUCCACAAGUUCUACUACAGCCACAUCAACGAAAGAAAGCUCCAUCGCUUCAUCUGAAACAACUGAAGCUACGGCAUCCUCAAAAGCUUCUAUUACAGCGACAUCGACGAAAGAAAGUUCGGCCACUUCAUCUGGAACAACAUCUGAAAUUACAACAUCCGUAAAAAUCGCUACCUCUGUAGCGAUGACAUCGAAGAAAGAAAGUUCCAGUGGCAUCAAUUUCUUCACAUCAACGUUCAAAAAUACGGCCUCCUCAGAUCCCGUAACCUCUGUGACAGCAGAAUCUAGGCUUUCCAUCUCUAUGAGUUCGACUAUAGACCCCAUAACAUCAGAGAUGUCCUCUACAGCAAAAGCUACCAUGUCGACAGCAUCGACCACCUCCAUCGCAACGACACCUAAGAUCUCACCGACAACGAUUCAAGCUUUGACCUCCCCAACAUCCAUCGCCUCCACAUUAAUAACUUCAUCUAGACAUGCAACCUCCACAAUAACGACAUCUAAAAUCUCUACUACAGCAAGCUCAGGAGCUACGACGUCAUUAUCUUCUAUAACAAGUUUAAAAGCUACGAUUUCCUCAACAUCGGGAAUAUCCACAUCUUCUAUGAUGAUUUCUGAAGCCACGACCUUCUCGCCAUCAAACACAUUUAUAUCCUCAAUCAUAAGUUCUAAAUCUACGAGUCUCUCAUCAUCAAACAGCCUCUUUGCCUCAACAAGUCCCAAAGCUACAACAUCCACAUUUUCAAGUCCUACAACGUCUACACCCUCAACAACAACAUCUGAACCUCCACCUUCUACAACGUCCAUACCAUCCCCUUCACAAACGAUGACAACCUUGAAGACCUACUACUACAUCUGCGAAACCUUUUUCAACGCCGCCACCACCACCCACGACAACUUCAUCCCCACCACCACCACCCAAGACAACUUCAACCCCGCCACCACCACCCACGACAACUUCAACCCCACCACCACCAUCCAAGACAACUUCAACCCCACCACCACCACCGAAAACAACUUCAUCCCCGUCACCACCGCCAACAACAACUUCAUCCCCGCCACCACCCCCGAAAACAUCUUCAACCCCGCCACCACCCCCGAAAACAUCUUCAUCCCCGCCACCACCCCCGAAAACAUCUUCAACCCCGCCACCACCCCCGAAAACAUCUUCAACCCCACCACCACCACCGAAAACAUCUUCAACCCCACCACCACCACCGAAAACAACUUCAUCCCCGCCACCACCGCCAACAACAACUUCAACCCCACCACCACCACCGAAAACAACUUCACCGACCCCAACGAAGGCGAGACCGACAACAACAACGGUGGUGCUGCGUCCCCAGGCAAACCCGAGUUAGGACCAAGCAUGGCUGGCGAGCCAAUUCCAUGA